AUGGCCUGCUGUCCCAGCGGGGCGGCGUGUACGGGUCAUUUAUCAGGCCCCUCUCAGACCUCCGCCUCCUCAAACUUCAUGUUCCCACAACCAGGCACCGCAACCACCACGCCGCCAACAGGCCCCACGAGCCCAGCGGCGCCAACGGUCCCCAACGCCCCGUUCCCCUUCACGAUCAUCCCCACCACCUUCCCGAACCAAGAGGCCUGCGUCUCCGCCUACUCAGGCUGCCAGGCGCAAUUCUCCAGCUGCACGGCGUCGCUGGGCGGCGUGAACGGCGUCACGGUCGGGGGCCCGCGCGGCAUCACGGUGCCCGGCGUGCAGCCGACGGUGGGCAAUCCGCAAUCUGUGUGCUCGAGUCUGAGCACGGCGGCGUGUCACGGGUUGCAGGUGGGGUAUUGUUUGUUGCUGUUGCAUCUGCUUUUUUCCAUUUUGGGUUGA